AGUGAAAUUAGGGACAGAGUAUUAUUGCCUGUUGGUGUUGAAAUGUUGGCGCAGCGCAGCGCAGCUACGCAGAAUUGAAUUCACAUCAUUGUAUCCUAGCGGAGACCUGUCACGCCUAUAGACAAUGUCCCAGCCAAAAUGUAUUUGCGGUCUUUGUUAGCGAACAGCUAGCUAGCUGACUGCUAGCGUAGUGUUUAUUAAUAAGACACAAUGCUAGCGUGCCUGAUGCAUCACCCAUUACAUGUACUGUAUCCUAAAUGCAGCUGUAGUUUAAACCGAUAAGUGAAUUAAUUUUGUGGGAAAUUAAUCGAAUUGGUUGGCUAGACAGUGCACCCAAUUUUUCCUGUCUGGCUGGAGUGCUGCGAUUAUAACGCAGCUAACUGCAAGCAAGCUAUUGAUCUCUCAGGAUUUCAUUCAUUCAUUCAUUCAUUCAUUUGUGUAGCCGAAUAUUUUUUUGUUUUGGAUGUAGGACAGGCCUACAAUAAUGAAUCUGAAAAGCGACGAAACUGGGUUCCAGAUGUUUAGAAACUAGCAUGGCAAGAAAUUUUUAGAGGAAUUGUGACGAUCUACUGUAGCGCUGCGGUCCGGACCAUCGGGUGCUCCAGAAUGCGCAGUGGAUCCCUAGUAAGGCAGCGCUGUGGGAGGAUCAUCACGCAGCUCAGCGGUCCUCAGAAUGUGGAAGUGAAGAUGCUGUGCGUGUUUGUGCUGAUGAUGGGCUUGUUUCGGGCUCAGGCUCGGACCGGCCCAGACAACAGCUCCAAUGGGUCCAGAGAUUACUGCUACAGCGCCCGCAUCCGGAGCACGGUGCUGCAGGGCCUACCUUUCGGGGGGGUCCCCACUGUCCUCGCCCUCGACUUCAUGUGCUUCCUGGUCCUCCUCUUCGUGUUCUCCAUCCUGCGGAAGGUGGCCUGGGACUAUGGCCGCUUGGCCCUGGUGACGGAUGCAGACAGACAGAAGCAGCGGCUCAGCGGACUGGAGGAGAGGGAAUAUGUGGCUUCGGCUCUGCACUCCGAGGCACCUGACCGCUACGAGCGACUCACCUCCGUCUCCAGCUCUGUGGACUUCGACCAAAGAGACAACGGCUUCUGUUCCUGGCUAACUGCCAUCUUCAGGAUAAAGGAUGAGGAGAUUCGGGAGAAGUGUGGGGAGGACGCUGUGCACUACCUGUCCUUCCAGCGCCACAUCAUCGGCCUGCUGGUGGUGGUGGGCGUGCUCUCCGUGGGGAUCGUCCUGCCCGUCAACUUCUCUGGAGAUCUGCUGGAAAACAAUGCAUACAGCUUUGGAAGAACAACUAUAGCAAACCUGAAAUCGGGGAACAACCUGCUGUGGCUGCACACCUCCUUUGCGUUCAUGUACCUCCUGCUGACCGUCUACAGCAUGAGGAGACACACCUCCAAGAUGCACUACAAGGAGGACGACCUGGUGAAGCGCACUUUGUUCAUAAAUGGAAUCUCCAAAUACGCUGAAGAAGCUCACAUAAAGCAGCACUUUGAACAGGCCUAUGAGAACUGCACAGUCCUGGAGGCACGCGUCUGCUACAACGUGGCCAAGCUGAUGUCCCUGAACGCCGAGAGGAAGAAGGCAGAACGCAGUAAGAAGUUCUUCACAGACCUCAUGGCGAAGGAGCACAUCCCCACCAUGAUCAACCCCAAACCCUGCGGCCACCUCUGCUGCUGCAUCAUCAAAGGCUGUGAGGAGGAGGAGGCUGUGAAUUACUACACCAACCUGGAGUCCAAGCUGAAGGAGGAGUACCGCAAGGAGAAGGAGAAAGUCAACACCAAACCCCUGGGCAUGGCCUUCGUCACCUUCCAGAACGAGGCCAUGACAGCAAUAAUCCUGAAGGACUUUAAUGCGUGUCAGUGGCAGGGCUGCUACUGCCAGCAGGACCCCAAAACCUCGCAGUUCAGCGACAGCCUGCACGUGUGCAACUGGAGCGUGAGCUACGCCCCCGACCCACAGAACGUGCGCUGGGAGCACCUGUCUCUGGGGGGACUACGCUGGUGGCUGCGUUGCUUCAUCAUCAACUGCAUCCUCUUCCUCUUGCUCUUCUUCCUCACCACUCCCGCCAUCAUUAUCUCCACCAUGGACAAGUUCAACGUGACCAAGCCAGUGGAGUAUCUGAACAACCCCAUCAUUACUCAGUUCUUCCCCACCCUGCUCCUGUGGGCGUUCUCUGCGCUGCUGCCCACCAUUGUGUAUUACUCCGGCUUCUUCGAGGCUCACUGGACCAGGUCAGGUGAGAACAGGACCACCAUGCAUAAGUGCUACACCUUCCUGAUCUUCAUGGUGCUGCUGCUCCCAUCGCUGGGCCUCAGCAGCUUGGAUGUUUUCUUCCGCUGGCUGUUCGAUAAGAAAUUCUUGGACGAUGCCACUGUCAGAUUUGAGUGCGUCUUCCUCCCUGAUAACGGAGCCUUCUUUGUGAACUACGUCAUCGCGUCGGCGUUUAUCGGGAACGCCAUGGACCUGCUGCGGAUCCCGGGGCUGCUCAUGUACAUGAUCCGGCUGUGCCUGGCCCGCUCUGUCGCCGAGCGACGCAAUGUCAAACGGCACCAAGCAUAUGAGUUCCAGUUUGGAGCGGCCUACGCCUGGAUGAUGUGUGUUUUCACCGUGGUCAUGACCUACAGCAUCACCUGCCCCAUUAUCGUCCCCUUCGGGCUGAUGUACAUGCUGCUGAAGCACCUGGUAGACAGGUACAACAUGUACUACGCCUACCUGCCCUCCAAGCUGGACAAGAAAAUUCACUCCGGCGCAGUCAACCAGGUGGUGGCCGCGCCCAUUCUGUGCCUGUUCUGGCUGCUCUUCUUCUCCACCAUGCGCACAGGUUUUGUUGCGCCCACGUCCAUGUUCACGUUUGUGGUGCUGAUCAUAACGAUCGUGGUGUGUCUGUCGCACGUCUGCUUCGGCCAUUUUAAAUACCUCAGCGCUCACAACUACAAGGUACGAGUCUCUGUGCCUCAGAUCGACGCCAAGGAUGCUGAUGUGGUGGAAAAUGGCCGCCCGGCGCGAUCCUCACCCUCCAACAAGUCACAAGUAAGGAGGCAGUCUUCUGUGAGCUCAUCUGCCUCCCCUUCAUUUCCACUUAAUAUUCCCACCAUAGCGCAGUCAACCGUGUUCUUAAUCCUGCCGUAGCGCAGUGCGCUGUGUUCUUAAUCCUGCCGUAGUGCAGUGCGCUGUGU